AUGACUUCUGCCGCCGUCGCCGCCACAGGCAAUGAAGCCACCAAAACACACCAGAUUUCCAUCCCACUCCCCCGCUCCCUCGACACCAGGCUCUACAUCCACCUGACCGUCCGCCCAAAGUCCAUCUUGCUCUUGGUGACGACCGCCUCGGCCGACGAAGCCACUACCCCGACGCCGCUGGGCUCGUUUGUAUAUGCCAUCCCAGACCGCUUCAAUCCCUCCCAACCCCUUUGCACCCCUCUCAUGACCGUCGAGCCGACGCUCGAGUUCGCCACCCGCCUCGCCCGCCUCGUCGCCAAGCGUUCCGGACUGCCCACCUACGUCGGCAACUCGGUGAGCCUGAUGAGCGCCGGCAUGGGCGGGACCGCCGACGAGGAGAUGGAGGCGUUCCGCGCCGUGGUCGACGCCGUCGUCGCGAGCCUGGCCCUGCCGAGCGCCAAUGGGGUCGUUUGA